AUGAAGAUGAAAGUAGAUGAUUUGUUAUGUCGGGUGUUAUCAGUUGGCAAAGAAGGUGGAGGAUUGAGUAAAAAUGUACGAGAAGAAGAACUACUUGCCUUAUGCAUGAAAGCUCGAGAGACAUUUUUGAGCCAAUCCUCAUUUAUCGAGAUUGAACCACCGGUAAGGAUUUGCGGAGAUACUCAUGGACAAUAUGGUGAUUUACUGCGACUAUUUCAUCGCGGUGGCUUUCCACCCCAGUCAAAUUACCUCUUUCUCGGUGAUUAUAUAGAUCGUGGCCCACAGAAUCUUGAAGUGAUAUGUCUUUUGUUUUGCUACAAAGUUAAAUAUCCAAACAAUUUCUUCUUACUUCGAGGUAAUCACGAAUGUAAUACAGUUAACCGAGUUUACGGUUUUUAUGAUGAAUGCAUGCGACGUUACAACUCAACCCGUCUAUGGCAACAGUUUCAGGAUGUAUUUGCUGUCAUGCCUUUAUGUGGAUGCGUAGGCAAUCGGAUAUUGUGCAUGCAUGGAGGUCUAUCACCUCAGCUGAAAGAUUUCAAUCAGUUACGCAAUCUGCCACGUCCGUUAGAACCGACUAGUCCAUCGUUAGAAAUGGAUCUACUCUGGGCAGACCCAGUUGUAGGUAUUCAAGGUUUCGAACCCAAUUUACGUGGUGCUUCAUAUGGUUUUGGUGAAGAUGUAGUUAUUGAUAUUUGCAAAAAAUUGGAUAUCGACAUGGUCGCUCGAGCUCAUCAAGUCGUCCAAGAUGGAUACGAAUUUUUCGGUAACCGCCGCCUAGUAACAGUGUUUUCCGCUCCCCAUUAUUGCGGACAGUUUGAUAAUGCAGCUGCGAGCAUGAUUGUGGACGAAAAUCUUGUUUGCUCAUUUCAGAUUCUUCGACCACAAGUAGUGCCUGGACAAACACGACUCAUCAAAACUAUACGCAAAAAGAAUGAAAAAUUGGAACCGACUACAUAA